AUGAAUCCCUGUGCGCCAACAUUUAUCCCGGUUGAACCUUCGGGAGAUGAGUUCUCUUCUGAUGAAGAUGGGUCUUCUACUCCGUCUUCCAUGGAAGCACGACAUCCAGAUCAAGAUGUGCGCUCACCUCGAGCACGACCCCGAGGUAGAACAAUUCCUUCCAUUACCAUCGACCCCGAAGGAUAUGAAUCCAUGUUCCCUGCUCUUCGAACUGUGAACAAGGUUGAUCCUCUCAAGAUUCGGAGUCCGAAAAUGAAAAGGAAACAGCGAAGCAGGUGCCAGAUGUCCAGAGGCAAAGACGACCGGGUCCAGUCUUCAAACUCGGUCAACGAUGAACAGUUGAGCAUAGGGCAUCAGUUCUCACAGUCCUCUGAUGAUGAGGAAGAGGGUAGUAAUGAGCCUCCCCUGGAAUAUCUGAAACCGACAGUUUACACUCCGAGGAAGUCACUUGAAUUCCUCAAACCCGACGUUUAUACACCUCCGGCCUCAUCUCACAACUCUUUCAGUCGCCCUAGGACCAGGGCAAGCAUGCGGCCGACUGACGCCAGAGCGAGAACCAGGUCUCCUAGGCGGGCAUGGAGGCCCCCAACUCCCCAUCCAGACAGUAGACCGCGAGGCUCCAGAUUACGACGUGCACCUACGCCAAACCAGAGAAUUAUGUCAUCGGUUGGGUAUCCAGUUCCUCUGGUUUUCCCAAAUCCCACUUACAGCCACUUUCCAUCAGAACCUCCCCAUCCAAUGAUGCAUCAUCCGAUCAACUAUGCGCCACGUAUGGGGCCAUCUCUGGUGCCGCCUAUGAUGCCAUACUCGCCUCUACCAUGGCCUAUUGCCCCGGUCCCGUGGUCGGCCCAUUUGGCUCAACCAGAGAUGAUGAUGGACUAUCCGGCGUACUAUGAUAGCCAUUAUGAACAAAUGGAUUGGCCUUCAUUUGAGGGAGAGAGUGGGAUGUAUUAUGCGCCGCAGCCACCACCAACCCUGCCGCCACAGCAUUUCAUUUAUUAUCAGCCAGAGUCACAUAUGCGACCACAAAUGCAGCCCCAUAUUCAAUACCGAAUGCAUUUGCAGUCUCCAGAAAGGUCUGGAUUGUAUCUAACUUCCCAGGGCAGUGAUUCACAGAGUGACUCGAGGAGUCAGCACACGGAAAGCCAGCAUGAGAAAAAAGCCAGUACCUCUAGUUCCGCCAAGGAAAGCAACUCUAGCUCCGGCGCAGCUACUAAUGUGUCCGAUACUACAACCCCUUUGAGAAUUCAAGUCGAUAUGAUCAAGGAUCAAAGCGGAGGGGCACAGCCGGGGUCAAAGCACAACAAGUAUCCUGAUAUUUAG